GGAGGGGCUAGUCUUGGGAGCUGAGCGCCCCGCAGUUUCAGCGCCGCUGCCGAGCGAUUGAGUUGCAGCCGCCGCUCGUAGGAACGAAAUGUCUGCAGAACUGUCUUUGCUCAUCAACAUAAAUGAGCCACGAUGGGAUCAGAACACCUUCAUGGGGAGAGCAAAGCAUUUCUUCACAGUGACAGAUCCCCGCAACCUUCUGCUUUCUAGCAAGGCCCUAGAAGAUGCCCGAAGAGUGAUACAGGAUUACAGAAUGGGUAAGGUAGCACCAGGCCUGACUGAGGACCAACUAUGGCGGGCAAAAUACAUCUGUGACUCUGCCUUCCAUCCAGACACUGGUGAGAAGAUGAUCCUGAUUGGACGUAUGUCUGCCCAAGUGCCUAUGAACAUGACCAUCACUGGAUGCAUGCUCACCUUCUACAGGACGGCUCCUGCUGUGGUUUUCUGGCAAUGGGUGAACCAGUCAUUCAAUGCCAUUGUUAACUAUACUAACCGGAGUGGAGAUGCACCUAUCACUGUCAAACAAUUGGGCACUGCUUAUAUCAGUGCUACUACUGGAGCUGUGACGGCGGCGCUAGGACUCAAAUCUCUCACCAAGCAUUUGCCCUCAAUCAUUGGACGCUAUGUGCCUUUUGCAGCUGUGGCAGUUGCAAAUUGCAUUAAUAUCCCAUUAACGAGACAAAGGGAGCUAAAGUUUGGUAUCCCCGUUAUGGAUGAACAUGGGAAUCGGCUGGGCGAAUCGAAAAAGGCAGCCCAGCAAGCUAUUGUGCAAGUGGUGAUUUCACGCAUUGGCAUGGCCGCACCUGCAAUGGCCAUCCCUCCUGUGAUCAUGAAUGCCCUAGAGAAAAGAGCAUUUUUGAAGCGGUAUCCCUGGAUGAAUGCUCCUCUGCAGAUUGGACUGGUGGGCCUGACCUUGGUGUUUGCUACACCUCUUUGUUGUGCAUUCUUCCCACAGAAGAGUUCCAUGUGGGUGAAUCGCCUGGAACCACAAGUCCAGACUCUGAUCAGGGAGAAGAACUCUGAUAUUGAGGUUGUCUAUUUUAAUAAAGGACUUUAAGAAAUGAUGCCACAUACUACUCUGAUAUGCAGCAGAAAGAAGUCAUUGAGGAACCAGUGAACCAGCACUCCAAAGGAGAAAGUUACAUUUUGUAAUAAUAUAAUCACUUUUACAUGCUUCUUUCUUACUGGCUGUCAAAUCUUGGCAGUCCUAUGUGCAUGAUAUAACCUUCCUGGAUUCAGGAACAGAUUAUAAUCUGGCAGUGUGCUUUUGCUGUGAUCAAAGCAGAAUCAUUCCAGUCUUGACUCAGCUUGAUGUCAGCACUAGAGCUGCUGAUAGUUUUUAAGCAAAGCCCAAUCCCCAUAUUAUGUAUAAUUCCGCUCUGAUGUGUAGGUGUCGUGUGUGAAGGAAAGAGUGUUUGUGUCCAUGCAUGUAAUCCCUGUGAAAUAAUGUUUAAGAAUCAUAGAAGUGAGAUCAUUCUGGGGAGAGGAGACUCCACAGAUAUAGGUAGUCCCCAGUUUAAGAACGAGUUCUGUUCCCAAAGUCUGUCCUUAAGUCAAAUUUGUAUGUAAG